UUGUUUAGUAUCUCAGUGCCCGCCUCCUGCCGCGAUGGUGGGUCAGCGAUAUGUCAGUGUGUACUAGCGAUCCUCCUCCUAUCUAGGAUUUAACUGAUGUUUCCUUACUAAAAGUAUUUUUUUCAUGUUUUUAAAGUGAAUUGUAAUUGUCUCGUUGUCAACAAAUAGUUACUCAGCGAUAUCAAACUCGUGCCUCGAAGCUGUAGGAAUCCAGCCCAUUGGUCAAGAUUUGAGGUGGAACCCAGCCCUUUCUAAACUAAAAUAACACCAACAGCAGCCACACAACAGCUUCACAACUGGUGGAAGCGGUACCGGGCCCAACCCGAGAAGAUGGGAACUACAAACGGUCAUUCUUCCAUGACCAAAGAUGCCCGCCAUGACAACUGCCCAAUAUGUCUCGAUACAAUUGGAGACAAGAAAACUUUAAAAUGUCGACAUUAUUUUUGCACUGAAUGUAUCGACUCGGUGUUCAGGUAUAAACCCGCCUGCCCAAUAUGCAAUACUUUCUAUGGUAUUCAUCAUGGAACACAACCGCAAGGCACCAUGACGGUGACGCGGGGCAGGCAAUGUUUACCUGGCUUUGACAACUGCGGAAGUAUCGCUAUUGAAUACAGAUUUCCAGCAGGCAUUCAGGGGCCUGAGCAUCCAAACCCUGGAGCCAGGUAUGGCAGCACAUCUCGAACGGCGUUCCUGCCUGACUGUGAGGAGGGCCAGAAGGUCCUCCGGCUGCUACAAGUAGCCUUCGACCGGAGGCUCGUCUUCACCAUCGGACAGUCUGCCACCACCGGCCUCGACAACGUCAUCACCUGGAACGACGUCCACCACAAGACCAGCAUGGGAGGGGGUCCCCAGAGAUUUGGCUAUCCAGACCCGGAGUACCUGUCCAGGGUUCAGCUGGAGCUCCAGCUUAAAGGGGUGACGGAGGAUGACUAAGACCCACCGCAUCCCCGCAUUCAGGACCGUUCGUAGAAUAUAAUAUACUGUAUUAUCUAUCUAUCUAUCUAUCUAUCUAUCUAUCUAUCUAUCUAUCUAUCUAUCUAUCUAUCUAUCUAUCUAUCUAUCUAUCUAUCUAUCUACAUAAUCAGUGUUGAACAAAAUGUACAAACAAAUAUAAUGUUCCGUUUAUAUUGAAAACGUGAUACCAUUGGCUCUCUUUCAUCGUUACUAGAUAGGGUAAAUGUUAUUUUAGCUGCACAUUUAAACCCUGGCAUUUUUUUUAUUUGACCACAAGAGGUCGCUGUACUCUUAAAUACUGACCGUUACAGCGGCGGCUAAAUAUGAAGCAACGCCAUCGCCUCUGUCUCAGGAUCCCCUCCCCAUCGCUCAUAUCCCAAAGUCGGUAAGAGGAGCAGAGCAUCAGCUACAGACGAUGAGUCAUGUUUUAGGGUUCUCAGGGCAACUUUAGCCGCAGCAGCUACAUCGGAGCUGACACGGUUAACACAGCCUUCGUUCAUUUCAAUUUAAAUCUUUUGUGCAAAAUUGUAUAUAAAACAUUUAUAUGUGAGCUCAACAGAUGUUAUAAAGAUCUCGACCAUACGUAAAAUGUAUACCCAAACAUAGUAUGCAAUUGUUAAGUUUCCUUUAAUAAGUAGCAAACUGAUAAAUUAAACACCCGAUACAUAGAUAUGCUUUGUUGAA